AAGAUCCAAGCGUAUUGUGCGAUAUCCCCGAUCGGUAAUCCAUAGAAGACCAUAGCGACGUCGUCUUCUCAUACGUCAAACAUGUACUAUCAAAUUAUCUAGACCGACAUCGGGUACUUCCGCUAGUUGUAACUAAAAUAUAGAGUUACUUUAGUCUGUUUAACACGGUUUACUUGAGUCUCUCACUCACUCUCAUAUAAUUUUAUCAUACCCUGUACUCUAAUAAAAGACUCUGCAGUAAAUCGGGAUGUAAAUUCUACCUUUAUGUUUGAAAAUUUUUCCAUUCAUGUGACCCGAAAUGUUCUGAAAGACAUACAAAUCAAAAUCUCUUUCUCUUGGAUUUUGAGAUGGAACUCUAGAGACCAGAUCUACUCCAAAAGGUCAUAUGGGCACAAAUGGCUAACAGAUUCGUAAUCAGCAUCAAAAAUUAUCUUUAACUAUGGAUGUUUAGAGAAAAAAAGCGAUUGGACAUCUGCGGUGGUUCCCUUGUGAGUGAAUUUUCAAUUAUAUAUUUAGACUUUUUCCAGCAGCAACAUUUCAUAAUUCGGCUAAUUGGGCAGGCUUUGAUUGCAACGAUUCAUGCUUACCGUAUUUGGAUCCAUCCGAUCCGCUUUUCAUUGAAAUAGGUUCACAGUUAGUACAAGCGACGAUAAAUGCUUUAAAUUUCACGUCGCACUAUUAUGCGUGUGAUCUAUUUAAUGAGAUGACACCACCGAUUAGGGUAAUGCAAGCAUGGCUAUUUCUUGAUGGCUUCUGGACAACUGACCGUGUACAAGCGUUUUUAAGUAAAGUACCCUUGGGAAAUCUUAUAUUAUUGGAUCUAUAUUCAGAAGCUCUGCCACAAUAUUCAAGAUUUAACUCGUUUUACGGUCAUCCCUACAUUUGGAAUAUGCUGCAUGAUUUUGGUGGAAAUAACGAGAUGUUUGGUACAUUAAGAAAUGUUAACACUGGCCCAACGGCUGCUCGGAAUUUUUCGGCAACAUUGAUGAUUGGUAUUGGUAUCACUAUGGAAGGAAUAAAUCAAAAUGAAGUAAUGUACGAAUUUGCAUUAGAACAAUCUUGGAGAAAACAAUUGAACGACGAAGAGAUUAAGGACUGGCUUAUUGAAUACGUACGUCGACGAUAUGAAACAUCAGACCCAGUGCCUAUUACUACCAUAGUUGCCUGGCAAUUACUUGAGACAUCUGUCUAUAAUAAUAAUCCACAUCCCUCCCGACCAAUCCUGGUGAGACGUCCCGCAUUGGAUAUGGAUGAAAAAAUUGACUUCAAUGUAACCUCUUUAUUAAUGGCUUGGUCGUUGAUGGUUGAUGCAUCAUCAAAAUUAGAUUCAGAUUUAUUUAGAUAUGAUUUAGUUGAUUUAACAAAAGAAGUUUUACGAUAUUAUUUUACAAAUGUUUAUUUCAAACUGGAAACAGCAUGGAAAAAUAGUGAUCUAUAUGAAUUUGGUAAUCAAGCAGCUGUGAUGGUUGAUAUUUUGAACGAUACAGAAAUAUUACUAGCAAGUGAUCGUCGAUUUUUGCUUGGUAAUUGGAUAGCGGAUGCAAUAACAUUCGCUCGCAAUGAGGAAGAGUUACAGUUUUAUAAAUUCAAUGCCAAAUUACAAGUGUCUAUUUGGGGAGCCAAAUACACUUUAGGCCUUUACGAUUAUGCAAGUAAAUUUUGGUCUGGUAUGAUGCGAGAUUAUUAUGCUCCACGAUGGCAUGUAUUUUUAGACACACUAGCCAGAUGUCUUUUCGAAGAUCAACCAUUGAAUGUAACUUAUCUGAAUGAACGUAUAUUUCUUGAAGCAGAAUUCGCAUUUUUUACAUGGCAGGCAGAUUAUCCAACUGAUACAAAAGGUAUGCAAUCAACUAUACAGAAUGUGCAAUGUGAUUCAAUCACAAUAGUUCAAUCACUUUUCAAAAAAUAUCGUCAGGCAUUAUCUCAAUUACGAUUCCCAGACGUUUCGUAUUCCCGUGAUGAUCAAACAUAUCCUCAUACUUAUUUAAAUUAA